UGGCGCUCUCUUUGUCUAGUAGUAGUUCGCUCACCCGCUCCGGCGCUCCCCGGUCCCCACCAUCCCCGCUUUCCCCUCCAACGCCCACCUCUGCUUCCAAUCCAACUUCCACAUCAAGCUCCAGUUCGUCCGUAAGCCUCAGCGUCGGAAGUAGCGCGAUCGAUCGAGAGAGUUUCCCGGGCCCACACUGAUGGCUCUGGUUCCCUCGGGCUCAGGCGGCGCGCCGGUGAUCGCCGAGGUGGAGAUGAACGGCGGCGCCGACCAGAGCGCCACCACCGUGCGAGCCACCGUCGUGCAGGCCUCCACCGUCUUCUACGACACCCCCGCCACUCUCGAUAAAGCAGAGAGAUUAAUAGCAGAGGCUGCUGGAUAUGGUUCACAGUUGGUGGUGUUCCCGGAAGCUUUUGUUGGUGGUUAUCCUCGCGGAUCCACCUUUGGCUUUGGGAUCAGUAUUAGUAUCACUAAUCCAAAAGACAAAGGAAAGCGUGAAUUCCAGAAGUAUUAUGCAGCCGCCAUAGACGUGCCUGGUCCAGAGGUGACACGUUUAGCUGCUAUGGCUGGGAAAUAUAAGGUCUUUCUGGUAAUGGGUGUGAUUGAGAGAGAAGGUUACACACUGUAUUGUUCAGUGCUCUUCUUUGACCCUCUAGGUCGGUACCUGGGUAAGCACCGCAAGCUCAUGCCGACGGCAUUAGAACGGAUAAUAUGGGGAUUUGGAGAUGGAUCAACAAUUCCUGUGUAUGACACUCCACUUGGAAAGAUUGGAGCCCUUAUUUGCUGGGAAAAUAAGAUGCCACUUUUGAGGACAGCACUGUAUGGUAAAGGGAUUGAGAUAUACUGCGCUCCCACGGCUGAUUCAAGGCCAGUUUGGCAAGCUUCCAUGACACACAUCGCCAUGGAGGGGGGAUGCUUCGUGUUGUCGGCAAACCAGUUCUGCCGCAGACAGGACUACCCUCCGCCGUCCGAGUACGCCUUUGCCGGUUUGGGAGAAGAGCCUUCUCCGGACACCGUUGUUUGCCCUGGAGGCAGUGUUAUCAUUUCGCCGUCAGGCGAAGUCCUGGCAGGUCCCAACUACGAUGGAGAGGCGCUCAUCACAGCCGACCUUGACAUGGGAGAGAUCGUCCGGGCCAAGUUUGAUUUUGACGUGGUGGGCCACUACUCUCGGCCUGAGGUGCUGAGCUUGGUAGUGGAUGACCAGCCGCACCGCCCGGUGUCAUUCACCUCUGCUGCGGAGAAGGCUCCGGCUGCCAAGAGCGACGGCACCGCAAAGCCCUGACGACCAUCAGCUCAGUCACAAGCAGUUAAUAUCAUCGAUAGUUUUCUUUUUGUGUGAAACGAUCUCUAUCGAUUGAUAGCUUAAUAAGCCGAUGAAAUGUAGGCUUGGAUCACCCGCACGCCCCUAUAAGUUUUGCUGCUUGUGACGGGACAAUCAGCUGAGGUCCGUUCACCGUGUGAUGCAUCUGAUAUCCACUAUGGGUGUCCUCACACUUGUUCCCCUCCCUGCUAGUACUGGCUACUGCUGCCCACUGCCCACGCGCAGGAAGUGCCCACUGCCGAGGGUGCCCCGAACCCAAUUUGAUGGCGAUUUUUCGGACGUCCGGACAAUUUUGAUGACAGCUGUUGAAUGGCUAAAAUUGUCCGAACGUUCCGGUCUGGAUAAUUUGGUGACGGAGUUUCUCUAAGCUUAGCACUUUUGUUAUCUGAAAAA